AUGAAGAGCCUGCUUCUGACUGUCACACUGUUUGUCCUGGUGGCUGUCCUACAGGCCCAGGAUGACCUGCCCUUCCUCUCAGAAGAGAACGAACUUUCAGGUGUCUUGUUCAUAAAGGCCACAGUGGAUCAGAGGAACCUGGCAAAGAAGAGGAGACCUGUGGUAAUGUUCCCUCAUAGAGUGACAUGUCCAGAACAAGGAACUUUGGAGAUCAGGACCACUGUCAUGUCUGAGGGCCAGUGCAUUAAGGCAGUAUUUCGCAUUCAGAGAACAGAGGAGCCUGGUCAAUACACCACCUUUUCGGGUCAGAUGUUCUACUACAUCUACAAGCUUCCAGUGAAGGACCACUACAUCGUAUACAUUGAAAACAUUUCACUUGAGAAAAAUUUCCAAAGGGGACUCCUCAUAGGAAGGUGUCCAGAAGAAAACCUGGAGGCCCUGGAAGAAUUUAAGAAUUUCACACAGCGCAAAGGAUUUCUCCAAGAAAACAUCAUUGUUCCUGAGCAGAGGGGUGAGAAAAUGCUCUGCUCUGCUCCUCCCUUCAUGUCCCCUCUGUGUCACCCAUGA